CUGUCUGCAAGCACUCUGCACGCGAAUUCUGGUCUGGCCUUCACUCAGCGGCGGAGCUGAGCUCUGUUCUUGCUUGAACGUCACAAGGGAAACAUCCUAGCUACGCGUGGCCAUGAACACGACGAACCCGCUCGGCGGCAUCCACGCCGCAUUGGACCGCUACGAGGCGGACGGGCGCCCGCCCGCGGCCGAGCUGCCGCCGACGCGCGGCGCCGAGGCGGCGCUCCUCGAGCUGGGCGGGAGUCGGCCGCGCUUCGCGCUCGCGCCCGAGCCGCGCCUCUCGCUAGAACGCACCGACACGGGCAUGACGCGAUCGGACUCCAUGACGGAGACGUCGGAGCUGCUGACGUCCCUGGCCCACGCGCGUGUCCCGCCGCCGCCGCCGCAGCGCCGGCCGCCGCCGCCGCCGCCGCCGCGCAUCAUUACCUUCUCGCCGCCCGGUCCCAGACGGUUAGGGUGGGUCGGCGCCUACAGCCCCGAGGCGCGGAAGAGGCGCAUCGCGCGGUUCCACGCAAAGCGCAAGCGUCGCGUCCUGUGUGGAAAUCAACCAGUGAGUUAUUUGCGGUCACGGCGACAACGUGAAAACUCCACGCCAUCGAGCAGACGCAGCUUUGGAGACACAUCGCGUCGAUGGCGUGGGCGCCCGAUGUUUGAUUUCCACACAGGCCGCGUCUGGAAGAAGUCCGUGCAGUACGACGUGCGCAAGAACUUCGCCGACACCCGCCUCCGCGUCAAAGGUCGCUUUGUCAAGAAGGAGGACGAGGUGCUGCUCAAGGAGCUCGUCGGCCUCGCCUGAACCACUUCCUGAACUGGGCCUGAUUGUGUGAAGAUUCCCAAUGAUUAAUUCCCAUGUUUGAAAUAUUAAGAAGCCUGUACUCCGACACGCUUCGCCGCGCCCG